GGGUGGGUGGUGCAACCAAUUAACGGCGGAAGCCUCGGAGUGGAAGGAGAGCUAGAGAGAGCUAGGCUAGGCGAUGGUAAAGGAGCGUAUCAUGCGUUUUGACUUAUCGAGUUUCGUUGUGUGUAUACCAGGGUGGCCAAGUGUCUCACUUGGAGCGAUCUUUGGGCGAGAAUCUUCCAGAACACUACCUAGGGUUGACGAACUUUGGAAACUCCUGCUAUGUGAACUCUGUAGUUCAGAGGCAGGCGCUUCUAUUUCCUGUUCGUUCGCCUGCCGUUCAUGAAGGAGGUAUUGGCGUACCAGCAGACUGCUGACGAACCAGACACCCUACUCUCCUUGCUGGCUGAGCUCUUUGACCAGAUAGCUACCUCUAGAAGAAAGUUUGGGAUCCUGCAUCCCAAAAAGUUUGUAACUAAAGUCAAGAAGGAGAAUGGUAAGAGUUGAGUAGAGCUUUCACAAAGCCUGUCUCUGUAGUUUUGUUUGACAACAUGCAGCAACAAGAUGCCCACGAGUUCCUGAACUACCUCCUGAACACUAUUGGGGACCUUCUGGCAGCUCGUCAGCGAGAGGUGGGUCAGCCAGGAUCCAGGACGUGGAUACAGGACAUAUUCCAGGGAACACUGACCAAUGAGACCCGAUGUCUGGUGUGCGAGACUGUUCGCAGCAAGGACGAGGACUUUCUGGAUCUCUCAGUGGACAUAGAGCAGAACACAUCACUCACCCACUGCCUCAAAACAUUCAGUUCCCACGAGAGACUGUGUUCAGAGUCCAAGUACUAUUGUGAGCAGUGCUGCAGUAAACAAGAGGCCACCAAGCGACUAAGAGUAAAGAAACUGCCUCUGAUCCUGGCUCUCCAUCUGAAGAGGUUCAAGUAUGUGGAGCAGUUCAACAAGUUUGUUAAGCUCAGCCACCGUGUGGUGUUUCCAUGGGAACUAAAGCUUUUCAAUACAUCAGGAGAUGCUGACAGCACAGACCACAUGUACGAUCUGAUAGCAGUGGUGGUUCACUGUGGCAGUGGGCCAAACAGAGGCCAUUAUAUCACCAUCGUCAAGAGCCAUGGGUUCUGGUUGCUCUAUGACGACGAUAUUGUGGAGGAAAUUGAGCCUCAUGAGAUAGAGAAUUACUUUGGUCUGACUGAUGCACAGCAACUCCAGCGAACUGGGGCUAGUGAGUCUGGCUACAUCCUCUUCUACCAGUGCAGAAACCUCACGUGACAGACCACACCCACACACACAUGCACCUCCACCAUUUGCCAUCUUCUGUACUUUUAGCUAAUACAUGAGUUGUGAUGAGUGUCUAGUAAGAGUUGGGGAAUGGGAGGGAGUAUUGUGAAGACCAAAUUAGUGGGAGACGACCAGCAAUUGGAACCACAUUCCACGACACCUGCAAAGUCAUAUUCUGGUUUCCCCUGAGGCCUCGACCAUCGUCAAAGAAGUUGUAUUUGGUAGCGGCACUGCGCAGGUCAAGGAUUGCGGAGUCUCCUCUCCUGAUGAUACGGUCCCACAGAACCACCUGGUUUCGAGGCUGG